GGGGAACACCUUGCAUGUACAAACAUCAUCCACAUUCGGAGAGUGCUGCUCGACACCAUUGUCGUCGCUACAAACAUCAGGACGGAAGUAACUACCUGAACGAGUGAAGAAUUGUCUCCGAGAUAGGGGCCGCCAUUCGAUCCUUGGUACGGCGCUUUUUGCGGGACGCGGGAAACGUGGCAGCACAUGGCCCACCCGGCCACUCACAUUCACUAUCCAUCACAAAUCUGGUACUGUGCCCCGGAGACACCCUAGUCCACGGCGUUUGCAUCCGCGCCGCGCACCUCUGUACCUGCCCAGGGCCCGCGCGCGAACCGCGACGAAGACCAAUGCGAGCCUCGCGAUCAUCAUGCCCGCCGAACACCCUGUCAAACGCAGGCGGCUCAUCGAUGGAACGAAAGUGUUGACUAAACCCUUCGUCUCUCCCCUGAAGGUGCGCCGCGGAGACCACGACCACCCAGGCCCGGCCCAGAAUGCAGCCACGGUGCCGACUCAGCCGACAACGCCCACAGAUGCGACCCCGUCGACAUCGGCCAAUCCUGCCACUGGAAGCAGCGGAGGGCUGCCAUCGGCGAGUUCUACGACCCCUCGCACCAAUGCUUCAUCGACCCGGACACCGAAGAUCAGCGAUUCGGCUGAACUCGCGGCUCACAAAGCGUUGAGUGCUCUGGAGGCCCAGAUCCGCACUCUCCGCGGCGAGAUCGACACUCUUUCGCAAGCCUCCAAGCUGGCCUCGUCGGACACCGACACCAAUCUCGAACGACUUAUUCAGAAAUGGAAACUUGCAUCUCAGGCUGCCGCAGAUGAAUUGUUUGUAUCGGCCAAGGAGCGAGUUGAUGGGAUGGGAGGCAUGGCUGCUUGGAAAUCGAAUGAGAUGAAGAACGUUCCGUGGUCUAGCGACACGGAGGAGAGUAAUAAUCCAGACCGUGAAGUUGACUCUGAUGGAGACCCUCUGCCUGAAGAGGAGCAGGAGUUCCGCAGAAAUGCGAGGCGUGAGGCGCGGCGGAAGCUGGAACAUGCUGCUGAUUUGCAGCGCCAACAGGCGCUCGAUCGACAGCGGACUGAUGAUGGGGAUGGUGGUGAAUUUACGAUGGCAAUGAUGCUACGUUCGCUCAAUAUCGAGCUUGACACGAUAGGCUACGACAAGAAGGCUGAAAGGUGGAUCACUUAAGGCUGCGCGAUAAGCGCCUUGCUGGUGAUCAGCACUGCUGCCAUGGCAUGACGAUACGAAGACACCACGACUUCAUACUCAAUGACAUGAUCGAUUUAAUGUUGUGCCAAAGGCUUACAACACCCAACGUACUGCCAGAUACUAUAUGUUGAUGUGAUCCAUAUGCUCCUCAUAUGAUUGGCUUCAGCCUGCCAAGCGCGCUGAAAGCUCUCACCUCACCUUACCUCGAUUAGCC